AUGGCACAGCCGCCGUUGCCGAGAUACGUGGUGCUGAAGUGCAAGUACAACAACAAGUACAUGCGCUACACACACGAAGACGUCCAGCAACACGGCCUCCUCCAGUUCACCGGCGAGCAAGCCGUGAGCCCUUACGCCAAGUUCCAGGUCGAGCCGUCCAAGACCGUGUCCGGUUUGGUCCACCUCAGGUGCACCUACAACAAUAAGUACUGGGUGAGAUGGUCCGAGACCCAGUACUGGAUAUCUGGCGGGGCAGACAACCCCGAAGAGGACCAGUCCAAGUGGUCGUGCACGCUCUUCAAGCCCGUCUUCGUCGAAAAAGACGACCACAAGACCGUCCGGUUCCUCCACGUCCAGCUCAACCACUACGCGUGUCUGUUCCGCUCGGACCCGCCCUUCGGGAACUUCGUGUACGCAGGGUGGGAGGAGCCUAACAGCGACCUUUGCGAUGUUUGUGAGAUCUUGGACUGGGAGUCUCUCCUCGUGUUGCCCAAACACGUGGCGUUCAAGGGCGAUAAUGGGCAGUACCUCUGUGCUCGCUGGAUCGAAGGCCACGAGUACCUUGAAUUCUCUGGCAGCGACCUUGGUGAUCCUUCUGUGGGGAAUGAGGUCUUUACCAACCCGGAUGGAAGCAUCCGGAUCAAGUCUGAUUACUUCAACAAGUUCUGGAGGCGUAGCCCCAACUGGAUCUGGGGUGACUCCAGCGACAGCACUGCUGGCAACGCCGACACGCUGUUUUGGCCCGUGAAAGUCGGGAAAAGCGUCGUCGCGUUGCGCAACUACGGUAACAACUACUUCUGCAAGCGGCUGACGACCGAGGGGAAAACGAGUUGUCUUAAUGCUGGGGUAUCGACAAUAAGCAGGGAGGCUCAGAUCGGGGUUGAGGAGCUGGUGAUCUCGAGGAGCAUUUAUGAUGUGGAUUUCCGCCUCAUGGAUGCUAGAAUCUACGACCAGUCCAUCGUCACCAUGGCCACCGGGGUCGCCAGUAACGGGACGUCGAAUCCCAACACGGCGAAAGUGAAGCUGAGCUACACAGACACCAAGAGUAGCACCUGGUCUGGAAAUGUGUCCCUCAAGGUCGGAGUGAAGACUACCAUCAAGACAGGCAUUCCGUUCCUUGCUGAAGGACACAUUGAGAUUUCUGGGGAAUUCUCAGGAGGUUACACUUGGGGUGAAACCAACGAGUCGUCAAACACGUUGGAGACUGAGUACGAGGUCAGUGUGAAGCCCAUGAGUUUGACCCGAAUCAGUCUGUUGGCCACCAGAGGAUCUUGUGACAUCCCUUACUCUUAUACUCAAAGGGACACUCUCACCAACGGCAGCCAAGUUACUUAUCGAAUGGAUGACGGUGUCUAUACCGGUAUCAAUUCCUUCAACUUCAAAUAUGAGACCAAGGAGGAAAAGCUCGUCAUCUGA